GGCCUGAGUUGUCAGUAUUUGACAGAAGGUGGUCGAGUGAAGGUGCAAUUAUUUGCUUUCGUCGUUAGUGUGAGACUUGCGCGUGUUCAUUUCUCGGAUAGUUUUAUGUCGGGGAUAUUUGCUGCCAUUAGUUGGAUGGUUAUAAAAUGUGGCAACCAACGCACAUCCAGGUUACCGUGCAAAGAGCGCGGAAUCUGAAUUAUAAGGGAAAAAAUGAGACGAACGACGCCUUCGUCGUCAUCGCCCUCGGGAAGGACAAGUUCCAGACCUCCAUCAAAGAGAAGGCUCCCAGUUCCGUCGAGUGGCAUGAGGAGUGCGAACUAGCUAUUCCGUCCCAUGGGAACACAGCCGUCCUUCAAUUAACAGUGUAUCAUAGAAAUGGCUUGGGCCUGGAUGAGUUUUUGGGACAAAUGCAAAUUCCCCUCUCAGACUUUGAUGUUUAUGAAAGACCCAGAAAUAGGUGGCAUCGAUUAAAAGGGAAGCCCGAGAAGGACAAGAAGAAAGGUGAGAAGGAACGAGGUGAGUUGGAGAUAAAAGUGUCCUUUACAGUGAAAUCUGGGUCUCUCCUCGAUGUUUCCGGCAAAAAGGAAAAGAACAAGUCGCUCACUUCCAUCAAGAAUUUAGGUGGCAGUUUGAUGAGCUUAGGAUCCAAAGAAAAGGCAAGCAUAAAGAACUUCGCAAAAUCUGUCAGUCAUAAAAUUGACAAAAUAGCCCAGAAACCUGGGAAGAAGAAGAGCCGGAAAGAAAGCAAAGAUAGCCAAGGAUUCCCAAAUGAACUUAUGCAGUCUCGACAGCAUGCUGGCGAUGCUGACCCAGGAGUCAUUUCAGACAGUGAUGAAGACUUUGGUUUUGAUGAGGAGGUAACUGUAAACACUAGGUCGAGUAGCCCUUACAGUACCGUUUCACAUGGUUCUUCACUUAUUCAGGAACAACCAGAAGAUGAUCGCCUUCAAUUCAAUGCUAAUAGUAAGACAUUCACCGAACCUCGAGCCCCACCAAAACCAGCACGAGUGGGAGGGAUUGUUGCAGGAGUGCCCUCCAUUACCCUGGAGUCCCCAAUGCCACCUACUCCUCCAUCUCCAUCUUCUCACUCCCAGGAAUCUCCUGGACCCCAAUCUCAAAAUCCUCCCCUGACCUUUCCAAAUUUGACACCUAUUACACUAUCCACUAAUAAUGAAACACUCUCUCCCCAAAGUAGUGCUUCUUCUGAGACUGCAAGAACAAUAUCACUUUCUAGUAGCAUUAAUACAAAGGACACCAAUUCUUCUCUCAACUUAGAAUCUAUUUCUCCGGAGCCUGCUCCUAGAAGUACAAAGAUUACCCAAGGCUAUGAGGAGUUGAAUGCAGUUCCUAAAGCUGCACCUCGUAACAAAGAGAUCAUCCCAGAGUCUCCGAAAUCACAAUCUCCUUCUAAGAAAGAAGUGUCUCUUGAUUCUCCCAAACUUAGUAAAUCACUAAAGGAAAAUGUCAAGGAAUCCUUUCUGUCUCUCGGUUCUCCCAAACUUGGUAAAUCACUAAAGGAAAAUGUCAAGGAAUCAUUUGGUGCUCCAGACUCCCCAUCCCUCCUCAAAUCUUCACGAUACCUGAGAUCUACUAGUGUCAAUGAAGAAUUCUCAUCAUCAGCAUCAGCAUCUCCAGUAACUGAUCAAACUUUAUCUGUACCGUCACCUAAGAGUCGUUCCCUCAGUACAACUUCCACACCUAUACAUCUUGAUCAGACUUCUUUUGCAUCUGCUCCUGCCAAAGAACAGCCCAAAACAAUUUCAGCCCUUCAAGCCUUGGCCUCUUCCUCUAGUAAAGUACUUCUAACAGAAGCAAAUCCUUCCUCUCCAUCGAACACUCCUCCCUCAACUCCAAAGAAAAAAUUUCCGGAUCUCACUCUUCCAACUUCUGAAGCUCCAAAUGACCAUAAUGGUUUCAAUGUUUCUGCACCACCAACCCCAACAACUCCUAGUGCCUCAGUAUAUAGUUUUGGAUCAAGUUCAGCUACACCUUCUACCCCAGCCACUCCAAAAGGUAAUAACUCUGGGCCAUCCCCUGCUACUCCCAAAUCCUCAUCAUCUCGUGGGACCCCUGGGCUGGCAGAGCGUCCAAGCGCAGCUGUUGUUCGCUCAGGUUCCCUCCAUGAGAAACCCACCACACAGCCGAUCAUUGAUGAAUGGGAAAAAAAGCUGUAUGGCAGGAAUGCUAUGGUUGGCAGUAUGGAGAAUGUGAACCGCAGUGACAGUCGUUCUUCUCUUAAUACUUCUCUGUCUAGCAGCACUCAAGAUGUUACACGUACUGAUGAACAUGGUUCGAGGUUCCCAGAAAUCAAAGCUUUGGGGCUGGGUAAGAAGUCUCGUGAAGAUGGAGAUGAAGGAGAGGGUAAGAAGCGCCGAGGGAAAGGUGGUGGUUUCAAAUCAAAAUUGUUUGGAAAUAGUCGAGAACGUAUUGGUGAAGAGGACAGCAGAGUUGUUGAAGGUGGUAAUGAUCGGCUUCCCCAUCCACCAACUAGACAGUCAAGGCUUCCUCAAGAGAUACAUGACAAAUUUGCUGGAAAGUCCCGUGAGGACUUACUUGAAAUGAUUGUCACCUUACAAGCCAAUAUGGAAAAAAAUGCUCGCCACACUCGAGAUUUAGAAGACUAUAUUGAUGGGUUGUUGUUAAGAGUUAUGGAAACCACACCGCAGUUAUUGCAAGCUCCUAUCACAAAGAAGAAAAUAAAAGUCUUUAGUCCAUACUGAUGCUGCCAAACUCUUUCAAGUGUGUUUGUGAAAACUACAAUGACCAAAAGUUCUUCAAUUCUAAUGAAGCAAGGGGUUAGUUAUACUUUCAGAAGACAAGUAUUCGUAUUAGUAUAUGUUUUUGCCUUUGUAUUUGUGAUACCUGCCACAAUUAGACUGGCUUAGAUAAGUACAUUAUUUCAGGUAUUACCACCAAUAUUUAGUUGCUUAAAUGGUAUGGUUACCGCGAGUCAGAUUUUCCUGAGAUAUUGGCCAUCCCACAAACAAUAUGUGUAGCUAAAGAAAUAAAAUAUGGUGAUUUAUGAGGAUUCCAGGGCGUAUGAGUUUCCUUUGUUGUGAUAAUAGUUAAGCAAUUUGCACAGCCCAUGUUCGUCAAUGUAAAUUGAAGUGAUUGGUCACAAUGCUUGACCCUUUGAAUUUUUUCCUUGAUGCCAAGUUAAGCUGCUUUAGAGUCUGUAAAAAGCCUUUUAGCUUAUGGAAAAGACUCAUUUUGCAUGCAGCAGCUGCAUAAGUGUUUCAUAAAUACAGUUAUAAACUGUGUUAAUAUGCUUUAAAGUUAUUUGAGGAACAUCAUUUUCAACUUCAUGAGAAGUACUUUGCUGUUGCCAAGUUUUCCUUUUAAUUUGUAAAGUUAUUUUUAUAUGAUGGUGAAAUUUUAUUAAUCUAUUUAAUUCAAGGUUUUGUGCAGUACAUUUAAUACUGUUGGUUGAAUAUACACUACAUACAAUAUACAUUUUCUCACACUAUAUUAGCCUGUUUGAUUGCUUUCCAUUUAGUUAUUUUUUUAGGGAUUGCUUUCAUUAUAGGUUUAAUUUGUGUUAGUGUAAAUGUAAUUGGAACAUUUGUGAUGUAUCUGGUUUAUUUUUAAAUAUAACCAACCGUAGUUAAUUGCAGCACUGCCAAAAAUUGAAGUGUUUCAUGUAGCAAUUUUGGAUGAGAAAAAGCAGUUUUGUUUUUUUUAUUCCACAAGCUAAUGGUGCCAGAACUUUUGGUGCAGUAUAAUUAGAGUAUGUAUAUAUAUUAUAUAUAUAUAUUCUUAUAACCACAUCCUUUUUUUGGUGACAAUAGUUAAAUGUAUAGUCAUUAAUAUUUUCAUUUAUGUUUGGUCAAUUUGUUGCAUGUCAGAUUACUUAUUGCAGUUGUUUUAAACCAAUAGCCAAGGGUUCAGUAUCUGAUGUGGUUUCAAAAUAUCUGCAGGUACUGUGGAUGUGGUGUACAAGCUGAAAGUGAAACAUUUCUAGUUUAAAAAUUUAUGUAUUAAGAUCUUAAAUUUUGUAAGAAUAACAUCAGCAAAAUUGGAAAUUGAGAAUUUUAAUUAUUCUAAAAUCUGACCCUUUUAUGUGCACAAAAGUAAUUAAUGGCCAGAUAUAACAAAGUAAGAUACCUUUGUCAUUUUUUAUAUUUAGGAGAUAGUAGGGUUAAAUCAAACUUCUAACAGUAAUGUUGGCUUGUGCUUUGGCAAAGACAGUGAUUGUUACAAGGUUUAAAAUGGUAAUGUAAUUGUUUUGUGAAAAAAUGUGAUAAAGAUAAAUUUUUGUGGACAUUGAUCAUGAAUUUAUGUAUAUUUGAAUGAAUGGGAACCCUACUAAGUAAGCCAGUGAUAAUUAGAAAGCAUGUGAAGGAAAAAAAUUGUUAAAAAGUUUUGUGACAGGAAAUUACCUCUGUGAUACAUGUUAGGCAAGGAGAAUGUAUGAAGGGCAGUGUUUUUUAACAUUUCCUCUUUUGUUGAUACAUUAUAUGGCUAAGUAUAUGAUAUGAACUCUGUUCAUAAAAUUAUAGAAGUAUUUUAUCAUACAUAAAGCGCUUUUUCAGGCCUGUUGAAAACUUUUAGGGGGAUUAACUUCUUGAUAAAUUUGUAUAGAUGUUGACAGUGUAAGUGCCUUAGUCAUUUCCCUUUAUAUGUUGAAUAACUUUACAUAGUUGUUGGAUUUUCCAAAUUUUAUUUUAUAGAAUUUAAGGACGUGUGUGCCUUCAUUGUACCUCUUCAUUACUAGGAAUUCACAAGUAAUCAUUGUACUGUACUUAGAUUUGUGAAUUGUUUUAUUGUAAUGAAAUAUCUUUUAUUUGUAGUAUGAAUGUGUUCAUACAGUAAUGCAUACCAUCACCUAAUUUGAGCCUAUUACUUGAGUACUAUGAAAGCUGAUUAUCAUAAACUUGUGUAAGAAGAAAGCAACUAUGAUUUUAAGUGAGUAAUUACUGCUCUCUUAUUAGUGGCAGUCCCUCACUGACAUGGUAGUACAUGUUUGGUGUACUCCUUUCUAUUAUUCUUGUUUUCUCUUUAUUGAAGUUAUACUUCUUGUUUUCUUUUAAUUCAGUCUUUCUGAUUUACUCUAUUUGUGAGUAAAUUAAGGAACUAAUAGGCUUUUUGCUAAGACUGUUUCUACUUCUGCUUAUGCCAAGGUUAAGGUUACAGUGCAUGAAUUCUGCUUUUUGUCAGUCUUGUUCAAACAUAUCUUGAAAAUAUUAGGUUAAUGUGUGUAAGUAAUUGGAAUAGUUGGGUAAUUUAUUCCAAUCGCUAGAUAAUUAACCUCUCAUACUUACAGUGGUACCUUCAAAAGACUGUCACUUGGGACACUCUUCAAAUGGGAAUUUGUACUGUCACUUUUAAUCUUACUAGCCAGUUUUCUUUUUCACAAGUGUCAUUGCCAAAUAGAAGGGCUCCCCCUUAUUCUGCUGUCUUCCCGCAUAGUAAGUUAUCAGUUUCAAUGAAGCACCAGUUUGUAUAUUUUCAAAUGAGCAUCUUAGGAUUUUUGUGAAAACUUUGUUAUAGAGUGAACAUUUUUACAAGUUCCUGGGUUCCUUUAUUGGGUGCAGAACUUGCCCACAAGAGUAAAGCUGGACAGGUGAGAAAGAGGAUGUAGACCUUACUGGCCUGGACUCAAGAGACUAAUACUUUUUUCUUACACAAGUUAGGUGUUUACCUUUCAAAUUGCAAUAAUAGGCCACAAUGAACCUCUGGUAUGUAUUCAGUGAAACAGAAUUUGCUUUUCAGAGAAAUUUGGUUUUACUGUGGUAAAUAGGUUGGCAUUGAAUAGUUGACAUUUUUAACUUAACUGAUGGUUAAAGGUUCUGUGAGAAGAAUGAUGAUAAUCUGAAGUAACUAAUUUUUGCAUUCUCCUUUGCUGAAGUUAUUAUAACUAAUAAAAUUGUAAUUUUU